UGGAAAUCCCACUCGAUCGGUAAUUAGUAACGGCAAGGAUCAGACGGUGCCAUUUUGGUGUUCAGAUGUAGACAGUCCCGUAGUAAGCUCGACUUAUUGGUAAUCAUGGCGGAAGGUGGUGAAGAUGACAUUGGGACUAUGCCUUUAGCGGGUUUGUUAGACAAUUUACUGGCAAUGACACUUCCGGUACCGAACGAUAAGCGUCAAGACCAGUACUGUGGAUACAUCAACACUUUCGUUUCGGCGUAUGGCAAAGAAUAUUGUAUGGUGGUCGGGAGCACCAAAGAGGGAACACGCCUACGCUCAAAACAGGACGAAGGAGAUUACGAUUAUAUUCUUCUCUGUAAUUUCACAGUCCCUGUCGACUGUUUAGAGUAUAGAGAAGACCUGCCUUGCUUUGUUCACAUCAAAGGGUCCUUCAUGGGCCAGGAUUUUUGUGAUCAGCUGAUAGAUGGCGUAUACUUACCAACUUGGUUGCUAAGGGAUGUCAGCACUUUGGCAUUUCCUCGCUUGAAAGGUAUACUCGACAUCGUGAGUAGGUCUUCCACGUCCCAUGGUCGACAUACACCACAUCUGGCAAUCAGCACCGACAUGAGACUAGGCUACAAUUUGACUAACUUUGCCGACUGGGAUUGCAAAGAUCUUAACGUAAAACAAAACGUCAGAACUGCGAGUGAACGCGCUUUACGACAACAGUUUGAUGAGCGUAGAAAAGGAUCGAAAGCUCUGACAGAAGAUCCCAACAACAUCUUGCCAUCAUUUGCAGCUGUUGUUGACUUUGUCCAAAAUAGGAGAUCUAACGACACGUCAUCUAGCUUGAUAUAUCAGCAAUUAGGCCCAAUGUUGAGCGCACUGGCUGGUAGAAUGAGUGGAACGUCAAACAAAAGACCAACGGAUGAAUAUUCAGGCGACAAACAAGAAGAGACUGUGAACAAUUUUCCCGAUUCCGAUACGAGCAAGAAAGCAAAGAUCCAACCGAUCGACAAAAAAGAAAGUAUGGCCGAAGGAGAAAUUAAGAACAUUUGUCAUUCAGACACUGAACACAUGGAUGUUUCUACCAAACAAACAGAUAGGGAAUCGGUAAUAGCCGGUGACAACACUAGUAGUAUACAGAUCAAUAAAGAAGAACUUAUGGAGACUACGACUGAAGAGGCAAAACACCAAGAAGUUUACGCGACGUAUAGCAGCAAGUCAGAGAAAGACUUCAUCCCAGCAGCAAGGCUUUCUGGACCUCCGAAAUUUAUAGAAGAUUGGAAGCAGCGUGCCCUUCAAGAACAUUGGCCACGUUCCCAGGUGGUAGAAGUUAUUUCAAGAAGCCAAUUUUUCGUAGUUGCUAAACCUGCUGUUAAAGAUGAAAAGGCGGAGAUAGAUUUCAGUCUGUCUUGUAAUAUGGCUGAAAUCAUGCUGACGAAAGAAAUGCCUCCAGGUCACAUGAAAUGUUUGUUGAUGGUCAAAGCUUUCCAGAGAAGCAUACUAGAGGAAUACUCAAAAGUCCUGACAACCUUCCACUGGAAAACUGCUUUAUACUGGAUGCUAGAAUCCACUGACCCGUCUACCUACUCAGAGAAAAGUGACGACAUACUGGACGUACUAAGGAACCUCCUGGACUACAUGAGAGAUCGACUACACGAGGGUAGGUUGCUUCACUACUUCUUCCCGAGCAACCUCUUCGCGGGAUUGGAGAGGGAUGUUUGCGUAGAAAUCGUCAAGAAAAUAGAUGAAAUCCACUUGGAUCCAGAGUUUUAUUUACGGUCCUUUUUUUGUCUUGAAAAGGAACGCGUCCAUAAUCGACGCGUGGUGAAAAUUCCGGCGGAAACGCUAACGAAAGUAAAGAACGACGUAGUUCACAAAAGGGAUGAGUUGACGGUAGAUGCAUUUGCGAACGCCCUUGAAGGAUUUGCAAAACCACCAUAUCCUGAUUCCGCUCAACAGCCAAAAGUACCGGUACAAAACCUUCUCUUCCAGAUUGCGGAGACUGCUGCUACAGAUGAGGAAAACCGAAGGAAAGAAGAAGAGGCAAAAGACCCAAGGAAAGCAGUUACACCAAGCGUAUCCAAAGAUAGCCUUAUGGAUAGUGUUAAAGAUCUCGUCUCUAAAUUGGGAGCUGAUAAAAAGACAAGGAGAGAGGCAGAGAAGGAAGCAGAAAAAAAGGCACUGGCCUUCUUCUUCGCGGGAAAGAAAUGAAAAUUUCAGUUGUUCACUACAUUUUAUAGAUAAGGGAUUUUAUAUUUAUCAAUACGUUGCAUAGACAAUUUCUUAUUGCUCUAUUAUAGUUUAAUAGUUUGUGUUUUAGGAAUACAAUUGGCUUUGGUUGAAUAAUCUAAUGAUAUACUGACCUUCUAAUUUGAGUAAUCAAUUGAUGUGUAAAAAGACACAGAAAGACAGAGGACCAACAUAAUUUGAUUAUAAGGUGUUGACUACAAAAUCCACAGCCAAUAGGUCAUGGAUACUGUCGCGGUUUGUGAAUAUGUUUCCAUGAAGAAAUAUAUCUAAAAAGUUAUUUAUACUAGCAUAAUCCACCACAGAUGAACAUUUGCUUUACAUCAUGACUCUAUCUAUUCACACGUUAAGAUAUUUAUACAUUUGCUUCGUAUUCCGUCCGCCAGUCACGUGACGCAGGCAUUGAGGUAACAAUAUAUAACUGAUAAUGGACAAGAACCACCACAAAUCGUUAUUACAGUGGAACAUUUGUUGGACAUUCUGGAUUAAUCUAUUAACACAUUAACAGAUUUCAAUAUGUCCCGUAUUUUCCUGGUUGGUUACUUGUUCCACCCAUCAGGCAGAUGGCGCAGUGAUCUCGGUUAUAUUAUACAUAACCGACGAGAGACAAGAAUGUCGAAGGGUCCAAAUCACAAUGACAAAGUGACUAACUUCGGUUGAUCUUCAUUAGCACAUUCCAUUGCAUUUGUAGGAGGCGUGACAUCAGUCGUGUUCCUUGUGGCCACUAGUGUAAAUAAGGAACAACUCACAAGAAACAACUAAUAUAUUUUAUAUCGAAACGUCGACGUCUUUUUGCUAAUUUCAAUACUCAAGACAUUUAUCAGAUAUGAAGAAAUAUGACUGGAUUUAUUUAUGAGCAUUUCAGCUGCAUUGUCCCUUUAGCUUUUGUGACUGUGCGAUUGAGUGUCGUGUCUUUGUACCGAAGUUAAGCAACGUCGAGCGUGGUCAUUACUUAGAGUGACCGCUCCGUUGUACCCCGGUGCAUGAUAAAAUAUUCACUUAUUUUACAUUACGUAAGAUUGCUUUAUAUAAUAAUAAACAGUUUUCUGUUGAGCUUU